ACGCGUCAGCUUUAGCAUUCCUGUGGGCGGAGACGGGAUCCCGGUUCCGGGUGUUUUCACAUCUCGCUCUGAGGCGUUCCUCUCUACGAUUAUGGUCUUUUAUCAGAAACCUAUUUCAAUAUACGAGUGAUUAAAGCGGAGUCAUUUUUAUUAAAGAAGUCCAACUAAAGCCGUGACUAUGGCGACCCGCUCGGAGAGAGAGAAGGCCCAGAAACUCAACGAGCAGCACCAGGCCAUCCUGUCCAAAAUGCUCAGAGAGGAAGACAACAAGUACUGCGCCGACUGCGAGGCUAAAGGUCCAAGAUGGGCAUCCUGGAAUCUGGGAGUAUUUAUCUGCAUCCGAUGUGCUGGCAUCCACAGGAACCUCGGAGUGCACAUAUCCCGGGUCAAAUCAGUCAACCUGGACCAGUGGACUUCUGCACAAAUCCAGAGUAUACAGGAUAUGGGUAACACCAGAGCCAGGAGGCUUUAUGAGGCAAACCUUCCAGAAAGCUUCAGAAGACCUCAAACAGACCAAGCUGUGGAAUUCUUCAUCAGGGAUAAAUAUGAGAAGAAGAAAUACUACAGCAAGAAUGUGACUAACGGAAGCAGUCCAAAAGGUGUUAAGAAAGAGAGGGAGCCAGACAAAGGUAGCAAGACGUCAUCUUACACCAAAAGUGAAGAGUCCAGGCCAGCUCCCAAGAUCAGCCCUGCUAAGGCUUCAGAACCCGCUGUGAACCUCCUAGGCCUUGAUGCACCGGCAGCUUCAUCAACUAACAAUGGUAGCACAAGCCAGAACAACAAUGACCUGGAUAUAUUCGGCCCUAUGGUAUCCAACCCCCUCCCCUCCACCUCAUCUGCAGCUCAGUUUACACAGGUGAGCUCCAGUAACGCAGCCAGCCCUCCGACACACGCUGCGGCGGCAGGAGGGGGCGGCGUCAGCUCGGGGUCGGGACAGGGAGACCUGGACUUGUUCAGUGACACCGGUAGCGCCACUAAAACCGAAGACGCAGCAAAGAAGCCGCUGUCCAAGGACUCCAUCCUGUCCCUGUAUGGAACCAACAGCAUGCCCCAACAGGCCCCCGCUGCUGGUAUGUUCAUGGGCCCCUCCCAGAUGCAGUUUCCUGUCCAGGCCACCGGCGGUUAUCAGGCCUUCCCUGGCAUGGGCGCGGCCAUGCCGCCUACAACCGUCAUGGGUGCUAUGAUGGCGCAGAGCGGGGCGGCCAUGAUGGGGCCCAGUCCGGGCAUGAUGGUUGGGAUGACGAUGCCGAAUGGCUUCAUGGGCAAUGCACCAGCCACCGGUGUGAUGGGCAUGGCACCGAGCAUGAUGGGGCCGCAGGGCGGUGCGUUGCCCGCAGGCAUGCUGCCCGCUCAGGGCAUGUACGCCAUCCAGCCGGGGCAACAGGCUCAGUGGAACAUGGGUCAGGUGAACCAGCAGAUGUCAGGGUUGACUCUGAAUGGUGCAGGUGGCCAGAUGGCCUUCAGUCAGCCUCCAUCAGCUAUGGGUGGAUGGGCCGCCGCAGGAUCUGGCCAGACUCUCAGCACACAGCUAUGGAAGUGAGCCUUCGAGCGAGUUAAUGGUUGGGCAGAGUAAAAGUCGAGUUUGCAGAAAGUGCAAAAUGUAUCUUGUGCUUCUUUGCACCUCCGUAUGAACUGAUGCCCAUUUCCAUCGCGGACCAGCCUUCAGAACAUUAAAAUUGUAUCUCCUUUUUUUUCUCCCCCCUCUCCGCUUCUGUCUCUCUUUCUCUCUAUUGUGUGAGUGAAUUGGGAGUCAUACAGGAUUACAGCCUGGCAGUUUCUGCCUGUCAUAGGGUUUUUGAUCAUAACUUUUAUUUUCCUUUUUUGGAAAAAAAUUACAAGGAAAUAACAGUCCAAACAAAAAUGAUAUUGACAUAUCAGAAAAGCUGCAGGACCAGUUACACAAGCUUUUAUUGUAUCACUGUAUAAUUAUAAGAAUAUAGAACAUUUAAAUGAAUAGUAUUUAACGGGAGAAGAUAUGUCUAUCAAGUCUGUUAGUACUGCUCCAAAAUGUACAGCGCUGUAUAACCUUCUUUUAAAGUACUUGUGGUUCCCCUAUAAAAUUAAAGUGAUAAUAAAUGA